AUGGAGGGUAUCGAUCGAAACGCGGCACUGGAGGAGCUCCGGAUGAGGUGCAAAAGCUUCAGAGCUGGCGAGUCGACCGUGGCGGAAUUCAACGAGAUCCUCGACUGGGCCACGGAAGCUCCGCGUGCUUUUGGGGUGCUCGAGCUCAAGCACUACUUUGCAGAGCUGGACCCCCACCAGGUGACCAAGCCUGUGCCAGAGUGGGCGGAGGUGGGUCGGAAGAAGCUGUGGAGCGGCAGGGAUCGGAAGCGCAGCGACAACCUAGAGAAGCUCCAGACGUGGACGGCCCCGCCGAAGCCCACGACGGACGAGUUUGGUCUCGUGCGGCUCUGGCCUUGCUACAUGGAGUCGCUGCGUCCCUUGCCCGCGGGCGAGGGCGAGCUGCUCAAAAGGGCCAACGAGGUUUAUCGCUUCGUCGCGGGUGUGCCAUGCUUCGAAGGUGCGUAA